GAGGCUGAUAUUGCUCACCUUAUUCUUGAUUGUCGCUGUCGAUGGAGGCAUUGUAGACAAAGUAAAAGGAGUGUUCUCUGGCGAUGGUAGUUUUGGACAGAAACUGAAGAAUGCAACUAUCGUUGGAUUCAAGAAGCUCUUCGAAAACACGGCACUGUUCAAAAUCCGCGACAAGAUCAGAAGUAUGAAGGACAAGGUUUUGAAGACAUUGGAGUUAACACCAAAAAUGAUGAAAUCGCUCGAGGAAAGGUUGAAGAGAUUGCGACCCAUCAAGAAGGAUAAAGUCGCAGAGAAAGGAGACUCCAUCACUGAGGUCAACGAAUACAGUCAGGUUGGCAGGAUCUCUACCAGAGCGACAUGGGAGCAAGCCGAGGAGAUUGUGCAAGAUAUAGAAGAUGAGGUUGCCGGUGAAAAUCGCGCAAAACGCCAAGCGUUCAAGGAUCAUAGAUAUCCAAAUAUGUUAUGGUCAGAAGGAGUGAAUUAUUACUUCCAUAAGCUCGCAAGUAUGUGUAAAAAUGUAGCGCUUGUUGGAAAUGGGCAAAAUACAAACAAUGUGAUCAUUGAAGGCAGGCAGAUGAGAAGUUCGUUUGAAAAAGGAGCGAAGCUAUGGGAACAGGAUACUUGCAUCAAUUUCACACGAAACCCAUUCGCCAAAGAUCGAAUUAUGGUAUUCCCGGAGGAUGGAUGUUGGUCUUACGUCGGAAAACUCGGCGGUGAACAGAAGCUGUCACUAGGAAGUGGUUGUGAAACGGUAUCCAUCGCUGCGCACGAGCUUGGUCACGCUCUUGGAUUUUUCCAUACAAUGUCUCGACACGAUCGCGACGACUUCAUCACGGUAAACAAGCACAAUAUCAAGGUGGACUGGCUAAGUCAAUUCAAUAAAGAAACAACGAAAACAAACGACAACUACAACAUGACAUACGAUUACGGCAGCAUUAUGCACUACGGUGGAACUAGUGCAUCGUUCAACAAAAAGCCAACAAUGGUUCCGUUUGAUAUCGACUAUCAGCAAACGCCUUGGGUCUCCAUUCAUUUCUUUCAUCGAGCUUUCAAUGCUUAA